AUGCAACAGCCCAAGUCGCAGCCCAAGCCAGCAGCUCAAGUCGCAGCCAAAGUAAUCUUUUACCUGACGUUGCCACUCACGUACUUUUCGCAACGUCAGAACUACUGGACGCUGGUGGACUCGCAUGUCCUGCUGGGAGCAGAGUCCACAGCUUUUGUGCCUCGUGUUGACGCUCCAGUAGCUUGUGGGGUUGGUGCAGUUGUCAAUCGAUAA